AUGGGUCUUAGGAACAUAUUCAAACCCCCAAAGGAGAUGUCUAAGGAGGACGUCAAAGAGUUUUUGCAAGACGAAGGCAUCCGUGUGAGGGAUGAAGAGAAUCGCCAUCGCAGAAAAUUUAAGUUUGGAGAGUUUUCAAAGUUCGCUCAAGAUGAAACCCAGGAUCGACCUGCGCUGAUGCCCCGAAUCCAUCAAGAACCGGCUUCACAUGGAUCGUCUGCCGGAUCUUCAGAAGAUCCAUACAACCCUGCUACACAGUCGACAGUCUCAAAUGUGACGCAAGAAACAGCAACUCAAUAUGGAGGAAGGUACGGUGGCGCUCCUUCCUAUCAUACAUUCGAUCCAUAUGAUAACGACGGUUCCGCUUCCGUUAACCAGCAAAGUCUGUACCAGUCACAGUUGCAGCAAGUGCAGACUACGCAGAAACAACAACCGCCCCAAGACACAUAUGAAACACAAGCUCAAGAAGACGAUUUUGAUCCUAACACAUACCCUCAGGCCGCUGCAAGCACUUAUGAUCCUUACUUAGACUCGAAUCAGCAACAAGUUGAAGAGGAAGUGGACGAGGAAGAGGAAGAAAUCAAUCGUAUCAAGCGACAGACCAAAGAUGUUCGAGAAGCGACUUUAAAAUCUACACACAAUAUUUUGGGCCAUCUGAGACAGGCGGAUGACACGGCCGUCAACACUUUGGGGACUAUUGGUGCACAAAAAGAGAAGAUGUAUGAGAUGGAGAAAUCCUUAAAUGGAAUGGACACGCAUCAACGGUUUGUUGAUGAACAUGUCAAGCAGUUAGAACAUUACAACAGAGGAUUGUUCCAUAUAAAGGCCAGCAACCCAUUCACCAAAAAGUCGAGAAUGAGGGCUGCUGAACAGCGAUUCCUUGCUCAGAGACAAGCAGAUAGAGAAAGAGACGCAAAUCUCAGUUCGAAUUUGUAUCAUACUCAAAAUGAGAUCAUAGACCAACUGCGCGACGCAAAAGAGCCCGUUGUUAAUUCGGAGCUGAAAGAAAAGUACGAAUACGAAAGACGUGUGAAGGAGGCUUCUAGAUUUUUGGGAGAAGAACACGAUGAGGAGGAUGAAAGGAUGGAGGUCGAAUACAGCAAGAACGUGGACGAGGCGCAAAAGUUGGCAACAAAUCUGAGACGCAAAGCUAAUUUGCUUUCGCAAGAAAUCAUGUCACAGAACAAAAAUCUGAAAGACAUCAGCGAAAAGGUCAAUAAGGUCGACGAUAAGCUUGUGCUUACGACCAACAGGAUCCGGGGUAUUUAG